AUGUCUGCUGAGGGCAAGAAGGCUACCAAGGCCGCUCCCAAGGUCAGCAAGCUGACUGAGCGCGACCAGGAGCUCAUGGUCAUCGCCUGGCAGUGCCUGGAAAACCCCACGAUCAACAUGCAGAAGUUCACGGGCGCCGCCAACUACGGCAGCCAGGACUCGGCUCGCGUCUCGUGGCGUGCAUGCAAGAAGCGCCUGCUCGAGGCCUUCCCCGACAUCAACAUCGCCGACGGUGCCAUCUCGACCCCCGGCCCGAAGGCGCCCAAGAAGGCUGCUGGAAGCGGCAGCGGCAAGCGCAAGAAGGCAGCCAGUGACGAUGCGGCCGGCAAUGCUGACGCUGGUGCCGACGAGCUCGGCGACGGCAGUCCUGCCCCCAAGAAGCGCCGAGCUACCCCCAAGAAGGCGAAGGCCAAGAGUCAGGAGACUGUCAGUGAGGCUUCCGAGGAGGAGCAUGUCAAGGAGGAGGCGGACAAGGGCGAGGAGACUGCUACUGCCGCCGCCGACGAUGGCGAGGCCUAA